AUGCUGCUCCCCAAAGGCGGCAUGAACUGGAAGAGCGCACGGGCACGACUCCCACCGACACGAGCCAUCUGGUCCUUUCUUACGCGCACUCGCUUUCUCUUCUUCGUCGCCCUGGCCGGCAUUGCGAUUUUAAUAUGGAAUGGCGUACGGGGCAGCGCGGGCGACUGGCAGAGAUUCUACUGCUUUGGACCCGCAAAGUCGCCCAUGCAGAUGACACCCAAUGAGCAGGCCAUGUGGGCGGGACAUCUCCAGACGCCCGUCAUCUUCAACCACCACGAGCCCAUUGAAGUCAACAGCUCCACCAUCCAGCGAAUCGACCUCAACCCCAUCGUGUCAACCCCGAAAGCGGUCGCCAACGAGGAGCGCGUGCUGAUCCUCACCCCCCUGAGGAAUGCCGCGCCGUAUAUUGAGCAGCACUUUGACCUGCUCGUACAGCUCACAUAUCCACAUCGCCUGAUUGAUCUGGCAUUCCUGGUGGGCGAUAGCACCGAUGACACGGUCGCGGUGCUGGCAAUGGAGCUGGAUAGGAUACAGUCACGACAGGACUCCAACUCAUUCAACAGCGCCAUGAUUGUGGAGAAGGACUUUGGCGUGACUGUGGGGCAAGAUGUGGAGGACAGGCAUGGAUUCGCUGCACAGGGACCACGAAGGAAAGCCAUGGGCAAGGCGAGGAAUUACCUGCUGUCCGCAGCAUUGAAGCCGGAGCACAGUUGGGUGUAUUGGAGGGAUGUGGACAUCAAAGACAGCCCGGAGAAGAUUAUCGAGGACUUUGUGGCACAUGAUCGCGAUGUCCUGGUACCCAACGUGUGGUUUCAUCGCUACGAGGAUGGUCACGACAUAGAAGGUCGCUUCGACUACAACUCAUGGCAGGAGUCGGAGCAAGGUCUCAAACUCGCCGCGACUCUAGGCAAGGAUGUUGUCCUUGCAGAGGGAUACAAAGAGUACAACACCGGUCGAAAGUACAUGGCUCGCAUGGGCAACUGGCGAGAUAACAAAGACGUCGAGAUUCCUCUGGAUGGAAUUGGCGGCGUCAACAUUGUAGUAAAAGCUGACGUCCACCGAUCAGGUGUCAACUUUCCGUGCUACGCCUUCGAGAACCAAGCCGAAACAGAAGGCUUUGCGAAGAUGGCCAAGCGUGCCGGAUACGGCGUCUACGGACUGCCCAAUUAUGUUGUCUGGCACAUCGACACGGACGAGAAGCCCGGAAAUGCAUAA